GAUAUGAUCCUAGAUUGCAUUCCCUCGCAUUCCACUAAACACCCGGGCACCAACACCAACACUACUAAUGGCAUGCAUUCUUCUCCUCCACAUCAUCAUCUCCACCGAAAUCUCUUAAGUCUAUUUAUGAACACACAGUCAUCAUUCCCCUCAUCAUUGCUAUCCAUCUAUCAGGCCUUCGCUUCAGCAUCAUUACCACCAAUCAAAUCACGUCACCGCCUGUAACGAUCUCUCUCUCGAUCUCCGAUCCAUAUCCCGAUAAGACAAUUUACCCACAACUUACUGCCUACUUGAAUACUGUUAUCUGCAAGUUAGCUCCGUGGUAAUGGCGAAUUCCAAUGCUCGUGAUGGUGAAUUGGUUGAAGAGGAGCAUCUUGUUUUGAUUGAGUUGACUGGAGUGCUUGAUUACCAGUAUUUCGCAAAGUCAGACAAAGUUUGCAAGUUUUUGGGCCUUGGAACAGAAAAUCCUAUAUUACAAAUUGGAAAUUACAUCUUCAAAGGAGAAUACAAGAAGAAUAUGGGUACAGCAGUCUUCUUUGAACAAGAAAAUGACACAAGUAAUGACUGGAAGUACAAAUGCUCUACGGAUAAGAUGCUUGAGAUGCAAAGAGUUUUUCUUCAACCUAAAGAAAAUGUGAUCGGUAAGGAGGUGACUGGCAACCAAUCUGCAACAUCAGAGGAUUCAACAGAGAUGGAAGAUGCUACCUGAUACUAGGAAAACUCUACCCAUUAAUGCAUCAACAGGAUGAAUAGAUGGCUGUUAGGUCACUCACUCUGUCUCGGCUUUACAGACUGUCAGCAUAGUCUGUUGUGAAUGGCUGCACAUCAGGCCUUGGUCUUGCUCCGUUAUUUUUCUUAAAGCUCAAAGGCAUCCAUGUUCCCUAUUCCUAGGAUGCGUUUCAACAACAUUUUCAUCUCAUUCUGACUGGUUGUCAGACUUGUAUAACUUGGUUUUGAUUGGCCGAGUAGCACAGAGUAUGGUAACUGUUGGAGCCUUUUCAAGUUUUCAGUGCUGAUAACUUUCACGAAACAGUCUCCUAUAUGAAUUCCAACGAUCUCCUGUAUCAAUUCCCCAAAGCAAUUACUGUACUCUCUCUAUACAAAAUAUUGAAGUAUAUGUUGUGACAGAUCUUUCAUUACUACUGCUUAUGAAUGGUGGAAUAACCUGCCUAAAGUUGAAUCACAGGCAGUGCUUCAAAAUAGUUAAGUUUAUUUUACAUCUUUUACAAAAUCUCUUAAAACCACUAGAAAAUGAACUGGUAGCAAACACAUUUUCUUAUCCAUCAGAAUUCUUAGACUUUGCUCUCCUGCCAUUCAUUUAUCUUUCAUCAUUAGUUUUCCUUCCCAUUCUUCCUCAUCCCUUUUCCAUUCUUUUUAUUUUCCUUGCUCCUCAUCAAUCAUAUUUCCUAUGCUGUGUCUACUUUGAGGUCACAGUUAUAAAAGCUAAUUUCUUGAUGUCAGGUAAAUUUGUGGAUUGUUGUAUAGUGCUGGACAAUACAAUAAAAAUCAUUACUCAAAACAUUGAUUAAAAGCUUAAUUUGCAUCCAAUAUUGGGAAUACAGCAGAAAAUCAGUCAGUAAAUGUUGCCUGAAAUUAUUUAAACAUAUUCUAGCAUGUGCUGAUAUAUGUUGGUUAGUUUCAGUGUACUUGGUUUAGUUGGUUUUAUGCUUUGAUUUAAUAAUUUCAUGUUUGGUCAACAAAAAUGAAUUCAGAACUGACUUUUUGAUGAACAAUUCACUUUGAUUUUAGUCAAAGACUUUGUCUCAUUAUUAUAGGUUAGCUUUAAAUGCCUCAAAAUGUUCAUAGAGUUGGCUUCCACUUUAUCCAAACACGUGACACCUGUAUACUAAAUUUUGAAUAUGAUUUAGAAUAAAUUAAAAUUACACUUAAAUACCAA